AUGGAGAUCAAAGUUAUGAAAGAGUUGAAGUGGCCUUCAAGAAUGAAAUCGCCCCCUGACACAAGAGAUAGGAGCAAGUAUUGUGAAUUUCACCGAGAUCAUUGGCAUACCACGGAGGAUUUUCAAGCCUUGCAGUUGAAAAUUGAAGCCCUCGUUAAAAGAGGGCUCUUAAGGAAUUACAUUGGUCAUGAUAAAUGCCCGAGGAAUGACUGUGACAAUCAGAAAGAGCCUGGAGUCGGAAGCAGUGCUCAACCCACUAUCGGGACCAUUAAUAUUAUCAUUGGAGGCAUAGCAUCUGGAGGAGACACAAAUUUAGAAGGAAUAUCAUAUCCUCACGACGAUGCCCUGGUCGUCUCUGCAAUUGUGGCUAACUUUGAAGUAAAGAGGAUUCUGGUUGAUAAUGGGAGUGUAGCAAAUAUAUUCUCAUAA